AUGACUACGCUUUCUCCCAACGAGCUCCCAGAUUUGGAAAAGUUCCUUUCUGUUGCUGGAAUCGAACUGCCUCAUCCGUGGGAGGUGACCUCGUUGAGCUCAGUCAUUUUAAAUGCCCUUAUUCCCACUUCUGUGGAUUCAAGAUCCAUAAGAACUUGCAUUGCUGCCCGUGACUUGGCCCUGGGUAUUCUCAUGGAUAUGUCUUGCUGCUCAUUGUCGGCUGAUGCCGCAAAGAUUCGAGGUUUCAAGCAAUGUGUCCUACAGGAUAUUUUUAGUCGUUUGCAAGAAUACCUUUCGGAGGAACUGAGUGGGAUUUCUUUCCGAGCAGUUUCAGCAGUCACACAUGCCCUCGCUCUAAUAUUGGAAUUGAUAAGAAAUGCUACCGGUUCACAUGCUCGGUCGAUGCUCAGUCAUGUCGCGUGUCUUUCUAGCAUCCUGGCCGUGCUCAAAACAGCGGAAACAGUUCUCAUUCACAACCCAGUGCUUUUCACACUGCACGAAGAUGGAACCGAAUGUCACCUAACGGGACAAAUUCUGACUUGGCUUGUGGUUAUGGUGAAGCUCGUGUUACGCGGUCUUAGAACACUGUCCAAGACGCUGUAUACCGUCGAACAAAGUUCGGAAACACUCACAAUGCGAUUACAAUUAAGCAGUUUGAUCCAAACUCUGAUCUACUCUUCUCCACACGCGUCGACGUUUGUGGAAGAUGCUGGUGUUGUGCCGCCUGUCCGAUUUCUUCUGCGGCGAUCUGUUCAGGUGAAUCCAUCUGACGAGAACGAUAAUUAUAAUAUGCUGAGCGACUCUGAUCAAGCAGUUGACGCUCUUCGUCUUCUUUUGUUACUUGGUCUGGAUUUGGCGGCACAUUCAGGUUAG